AUGAAGGUGGAAUCCUAAAAAAAUAAGCGAGCAAAGUAAAAUGCUAUAUAAAAUCAUAAAGAAGAGUCUAUUAGAGAAAUAUUAGGAUUUUACAUAAAUUAAGUUGAUUUGAAAUCAUUUAUGAAAAAAAAAAAAAUAUUUGAGAAGGUAGGAGAUUUGGUUGAUAAGCAUUAAAAUGAAUUUUUGAAUCCUGCAGAAUUCUAAGAAAUUUAAGAUAUAUAUGAAGAUUAUAAUAUAGGUGAUUUAGCAAUAGUAUUUCCAAAUCCUGAUUAUGAAGGAUAUACUUAAAAGGCUGUAACAUUUAAUGAAGCAGCUGCUAUUUUUGAUGAGAUUUUGACUGUUAUGACAGAGGAAGUGACAAAAAAUUAAUUAAAAAAAGAAAGAGAUUCAUUUCUUCUAACUUAUUUAACACUUGAUGAUCUUAUUGAUAAUUAGAAUGAUGGAUAAGGUAAGAAGAAAAAGAAAUUAAAACAAAAAAAGGAUUCUGAAAAAAAGAAAAAGUUCAACAAAAAUAAUAAUAGCUAAGAAUUAACACAACCUAAAGAUGAAAAACCAGUCAAGAUAGAAAAAAAUUCUUAUGAAAAAUAUUUGGAUUUUAUGAGAAUCUAUCAUAAAUAAAGAGAAGAAGAAUUAAUGAAUGAAAAUGAAGGUUUUGAUUUAAAAAAUGAGAAAGGAUUUCUAGAUGAAAUAGGUGUAGGAUAAUAAGGUUAACAAAAUGUUUCUUAAAAAGUAAUUGAUCCAAUUAAAGAAUUAAUGAAAGUUGAUGUUAAUGAUGAUAAAUAAUUUAAGAAACUUAAGAAAAAAUGGUCAUAGGGAGGAUAUUUAGUAAAAAAGAUGUGUGAAGAUGGUAUAGAUUAUGAUUGGAUAUCAAAUAAUGGACCUCCUAAAGAUAUGAUGACUUUAAUUAGAUUUACAAUUUUAGAAAAAUUAUCAAGAAAUGGAUAUUUACAUUGUCGUUAAUUUGUAUCAGGAACUGGAGAACAUAUAUUUAUAGUAAUAAAAUCAACUAAAGAAGUAAUAUAAAGAUAAGCAUAGAAUAUGAAAGUAACUAAAUAAAUAGAAAUGGGUUUUGCUGAUUUAUUUUCUUUAGAACCUGUAGAUGCUAAUUUUAGACCUUUACGUCUUAAGAAUUAUAUAAAAUAAAUUUUAGGUCCAAAUUAUGGAGAUUUGAAAGAAGCAAUGGAUUCAAUAAAAUCAAAUGAUAAAUUGCAUUUUACUAGUUUAAAAGAAAUAGAUGAAUAUUGUGAAAGUAAUUAUAAAUAAGAAAUAAGAUAAUUAAAAGAUAUAGAAUUAAGAGCAAUGGUAAUUAAGAAAUUAGAAUAAGUAGAAGAAUAUUUUAAGAUUAUAGCAAAAUAAUUAAAUAUUGAUUAAUCUCAUGAGAAAGUUGAAUUAAAUUCUGAUUAUUCUAUAACUGAUGAGGAAUGGUAAGUAUAUUACAUUUAUUUGGAUUUAUUAUCAUAAUUAUUAAAUCUAUUAUAAUAACAUUAUUAAGAAUCAAUAAAAGAAGAACAUUUUCAAUUUAGAGAUAAUUUACCAUUUUUAUAUAGAUUAAUAUUUGGAAAGGCAUUGAGAAAAGCAAAUGAGAUUUGGUAUUCAACUCAUAAAAGUUGUUGGUCAGAUUUAUUAGAUGAAAAGAUAAUACUAAAAAAUAUAUGGGAUAUGCUUGGUAUGGAACCAGCAGCACCAUAUACAUAAUAUUUUUAAUUGUAAAAUGAAUUUGGUAAAUAGAUGUGGAGAAAAUAUGAAAUAAAUGAAUUAAAAGAUAGAUCAGAAUUUAAUAAUAUGGAAAAGAUUAAAAUAACACAUGCUAUUACUUUAAAACAUGUUAAUAUGUCAAAAUUAUUAUAAUCUCUUAUUGCUGAUGGUUAUUUUCCAAUUCAUGAUACAUAUGCUUUAUUUGGAGAAGAGAAAAAAGAAAAAUUUAUGAAGAAAUUAAUAGAAUAGGAAUUUGUAUUAGAAAAAACUUUUGAAGGGAGUAGAUAAUAUCUUUUAGAUUUAUAUAGAGAUUUAUAAUCAUAUGCAGAAUCUACUGAUUUUGAUUUUUAAAGUGUUAAAUAAGAUCUUAGAAUAAAUAUUAAAUGUCCUUGGUAUAUUCCAGUUCAUCAUCUUAGAGAUUAUUUUGGUGAAAAAAUAGCUUUAUAUUUUGCAUUUCUUGGAUUUUAUACUUAAUAAUUAUGGUAUAUAGGAUUAUUAGGUAUAUUAUGUUAGUCUCUAUUAUCUGAAUCAACAGGUUAAUAUAAAAAACCAAUUGUAAUACUUUUCUCAUUUACAAUAGUAGUAUGGAGUUCCCUUUUUAUAGUUUAUUGGAGAAGAAAAUAAUUUUUAUUUAGUGUUUAAUUUGGACAAUUAAAUUUUGAAACAGGAGAAGCAUUAAGACCUGCAUUUUAAGGAGAUUUCUUAAGAUCUAUUACUGAUGAUGAUUUAAAUGAAUAAUUUUACCCUCCUAUUAAAAGAAAAAUAACAUAAUUAUUUGGUUUAGCUGUUAGUUUCUUAAUUAUUUUAUGUGUUAUUGGAUGUGUAUUAGGAAUAUUCUUUUUUAAAAAUUUUAUGAUUGAAACUAAAGCAGAUCCUUUUUUCUCUUAAUAAUUGCCUGGAUUACUAAAUUCAGUACUUAUUGCUGUGUUUAAUUUUAUAUAUCAAAAUUUAGUUAUGAUUUUUAAUUCAUUAGAGAAUCAUAAGAUUUUAUCAUCUUAUGAAAAUUCUUUAGUUGCUAAAGUCUUUAUCUUUCGAUUUGUAAAUACGUAAUAAUUUGAAAUAUUAUUUAGUUUUAAUGCAUUCUUUAUUAUAUCCUUUCUAAGUAAUUACUUUUCAUCAUUAGAAUUAUGUAAAGUGAAUGAUGAUACUUAUGAUUGUUUUCAAAUACUAUCUUUAUAAUUAAGCACUAUCUUUAUUUCUAAUUUCUCUGGAUUGAUAACAGCUGUUCUAAUACCUUAUGUUUAAGAGAAAUUAAUGAAAAAAAUGAAAGCAAUAGAUGAAAUACCUGUACCUCAUGCUUUUAAUGAUAUUGAUCCUUUUAUUGAGAGUUAAUUUGCUUUGUAACCAUAUCAAACAAAUGAAGAAGUUGAUGGAAGUGUAAAAGAUUAUAUGGAAUUGACAAUCUAAUUUUGUUUUCUUGUUGUAUUUGGAGUUUCAUAUCCUGCAUGUUUUAUAUUAGGUUUUGCAUAAAAUGUAGGUAAAAUACAAGUAGAUAAAAUUAAUUUCGUAAGUUUAUCAAGGAGACCAUUUCCUUAAGGAGCAGCAAGUAUUGGUAAUUGGUUAGUAAUUUUGGAUAUCAUUACCUUUUUUGGUAUUCUUUCUAAUGCUGGUUUAAUAGUAUAUACUUCUAAUUCUAUUGAAGAAAAUAAAAUUGAAUUCUUUGCAUCUAUUUUAGUAAUCUUUUUUGCUUUAAACUUUGUAAUUAAAAUACUAGUAUCUCCAGAAUCUGAAUCAGCUACUUUAUUACUUUAAAGACAUUAAUAUAUUAUUGAUAAGAAAAUUAAAGUAUAUAUACUUAUUCUUUUUUUUUUAGGGCUUUACUUCAAAUCAGAAAACUAUUUUUGACAGAUCCAAAUUAAAUAUUUAGAUAAAGAGAGUAGGUUAUCAUUUAUGUCAUUCUGGUGUUAUCAAUAAUGAUUUUCUAAAAACUAUUAAAGGCGAGAGAGAAAAUGCAGAUGAUUGA